AAGAAGUGGUCCAAGAAUCAAACCCUGAGGAACCCCGCGUAUGACUUUGGUCUUUAUUUACACAAAUAAAAACUGUAAACCUCAAGAAACCGUCUGCAGCAAAGAAGAGCCCCGAGCGUCUCCUAGUCAUGUUUCACAGAAUGAAAGUGAACCCGCCCAGCAGUGCUCCGCCUCCAGUAACGGGAAUCUCGUUCCAACGGCAAACAGCUCGGUAAAGCGCCCAGCCUCCUCCCAGAAUGCUUCCCUUUUGUCACCAGAAAAGGAAGGCGUGCCCACCAAUCAGUGGUCACUCUCUACCUUCCACACCUACGCCGGCUCCAACGAAAACUUCAAGCUAAAGUGGCAGCACGCCGAGAGGAGGGCCGAGACUUUGAGUCGGAAAAUGCGGACGAUAACGAGAACCGUGAUGCUCCUGAAGAAGAGCAUCUCAUCUCUGAAGGAGGAGCUGAAGGAGAGCAAACUUCUGAAAGAUCGACUCCAACUAAAGCUUGACAACGUGGAAGCUUUUCCCUACGACUUGUUCCAGCUGGCCGGGUCUUCUGGCUACACCGAGGAACAGAAGAACUUUGCGCUCACUCUCCACAUGCACAGCCCCAAAGCUUAUAAAUUCUUGAGGACAAAGAUUAGUUUACCUUCAACCAGAACGUUGAGAAGGUGGAUCUCGGAGGCAGAGGGCACCUCCGACAUUAACGUGUCGAUGAUGAUGGAGCUGGGGGAGGAAGAAGAAUGUGACACGUCCAGCUAGUCUUACAUGAAGAUUAUUGAAGAUCAAGUUUUUUGUGACGAUUACUGAUGAUGACAAUUUGACGAAUGAAGACUGCCAGAGCUCUCCGUUACUAUGGACCGACUGUCGCCCUUUUUAAGCGUUUACAUCAAGGAUGUGGUCAAGCCAACUUUUCAGUGGAGUUUCUUUGAAACAUUUUAAACAUGAACCUAUGAAACAAAGUUGUGAUUAACUCAGAUAAAAUAUGCUUGGACUACAAUAAAAUAUUUUGCAAAAAUCA